AUGUCGGGGAAGACGUGCGACUCAUAUUGCAAGGACUCCAACCUAGCGUGCAUGAGGGCGGCCGAGGAAGUCGACGACGAUUGCACAGAGAAGCAGGAGUUGGAGUGUGCGGCAGCGUUCCCUGAUACCUCGGACCUCAUCUGUCAGUGUGCUGUGCGCGACAUCGCAAAAGCUACCACCUUGUCCCAGGACGCAUCAUUGGGGGACACUACCAUCUUUGUGACGGAUACUCAGCACUUCGCGCCAGGAGACUACAUAGAGAUAUCAAUGGGCGAUUUCUACGAGACUCAGGUCGUCGUCUCGAUCGGAACUGGAGCUGGCACGCAGAACGCGGCCACGACCAUUCGCCGGCUGCAGACCCAGCCAUCGAUCAUUGUGAAGUGGCCCCUCAAGAACGCCUACGGUCGCGGAUCUAACGUUGUGCUGCUGAUUGAAGGAGCGGUGGAUGGGGAUGCGCCGAUUCAUGGAACCGAUGUUGCCCCGCUGGACAUAGAGGCGGACACGGUCACCUGCAAGGACCGCCUGAAGUGGCCCGACAGGGACACCGACGCCGACGAGUGCGGGACCUGCAAGUUCCGCGUCUCCCUGAGCAACUUCCGCAGCUGUGAUACGUACUGCGCGAGCUUUGCGCAGGAGUGCUUCUACGCCGCGGAUGUAAAGAUCAGCGGUAACGGAGACCGGUCCUCGUGCUCGGCCAAGAGUGUCGUGAGCUGCCGCGAUGAUAUCGCGUCCAUGGACUCGGGCUCCGAGGACAUGAUAUGCGGGUGUCGGUUCUCGAAGGGCGUCGUGAAAAAGUGCAAGCCCGUGGACCAGUGGCCGCACAUCGACGGCGAAGCCGACUGUGGGACUUGCAAACACAUUGUGAACUUCAAUGGCGACUACAGGAGUUGUGGCGAGUACUGCAAGAGCUUCGGGCAGGAGUGCUUCUAUGCCGCGGAAGACAAGAACGGCCCUGGUGGCGACGACGGUGAGUGCGAGGUGCUGGAGGAUUUCGCAUGCAGCACCAACACACAGACGACGAACGAUCUGAUCUGUGGCUGUCAGCACCCUCAGGACGACUGCCCUUCGUUCGAGGAGUGGCCCGACAAGGAUGGGGAGACCUCCUGCGGAACGUGCAAGCACUUGGUCGCGAUGGAUCACCACGAGACUUGCGAGAGCUACUGCGGCAGCUUCGGGCAGAGGUGCUUCUACGCCGCCCUGCAGGCGAGCGGCUCCGACUCCAACGGCAGGUGCAUGGCCGAGGAGGAGGUGACCUGCACGGACAACAUGAAGCUGAUCCAGCCGAACUCCCACAGCAUGAUUUGCGGCUGCGCGAACAUCGAGACGGUGGGGCCGACGCCCGCGCCGACCAUCGCCCCGCCCCCGCCGCUCCCCAACACGACCUGCAGGGACUUCAGCCUGUGGCCCGACCCGGACGGCACAGCGGACUGCGGACUGUGCAAGCACUUGGUGACUUUGGACACGUACUCGAGCUGCGAGGCCUAUUGCGCGAGCUUCCAACAGGAGUGCUUCUUCGCCGCCGAGGACGUGGAUGACGUUUCGUGCGAGGUGAAGCAGGAGGUGCCAUGCCGGAGGGAUCUCAAGGCGCUGCAGGAUUUCAACAGCAACGACAUGAUUUGCGGUUGCCGCGACCCCCAGGAGGCGCCGAAGCGGUGCAAGGAUUUCAGCGUCUGGCCCGACAAGGACAACGACGUCAGCUGCGGCACCUGCAAGCACCUCGUCCUGGUGCAGGACUACAAGACUUGCAACGAUUAUUGCGAGAGUUUCGACCAGAGGUGCUUCUACGCCGCUCUGGACCACGACGGGCCGGGCGGAGACAUGGGCCAGUGUCGCAUAGAGAGGGACGUCUCGUGCGAUACCAAUAUGAGGGCCUUGCAGGUGAACUCCAAUGACAUGAUCUGUGGCUGCGAGCACAAGGAGGAGGCAUGCGACGAGCCAGAUCUCUGGCCUGACUUGGAUUCGCAUGUGAAGUGUGGCACGUGCACGCACCUGGUCAAGAUGACGGAGCACAAGUCCUGCCAGGGGUACUGCAACAGCUUUGGUCACACGUGCUUCUAUGCGGCCCAAUCUGAGAACGAUAACGACGUGACGGUCCACCACGACGGUUGCUCGGCCUUGCUGGAGGUAUCGUGCGCAGAAGAUAUGUCACACUUCAUGCCCAGCAACAACGACAUGAUCUGCGGUUGCACCACGGCCGCUGCGUCCGUGACGACGUCCACCCCAGCCGUGCCACAGCCGCAGCCCAGCGACGGGUUCGGCUGCAAACCCUUCGUCAAGUGGCCCGACAAGCAGGGGGGGAACACGUGCGGCGAGUGCAAGCACCGCGUCGAGCCCGCCAACUUCAAGAGCUGCGGCACGUACUGCGAGAGCUUCGGGCAGGAGUGCUUCUACUCCGCCGUGGCCGACGCCAGCGGCGACUCCUGCCUGGUGGACUCGACGAUCACGUGCCGCACCGACGUGGCGGCUCUGGGGAUGGACCACUAUGACCUCAUAUGCGGGUGCCGCAACCCACAGGCCCCCCCGAAGGGCUGCAGGGACUUCGCCGAGUGGCCGGACAAGGACGGAAGCGUGGACUGCGGCCCCUGCAAGCACUUGGUCCUGGUGGGUCAGCACGCGAGCUGCGACGAAUACUGCCAGAGCUUCCAGCAGGAGUGCUUCUACGCCGCGGAGGACCGGAACGGGCCCGGCGGGGACACUGGGGAGUGCGCCGUUCUGGCCGACGUCACGUGCAGCACCAACUUGGCGGAGAUGCAGGUAAACUCCAACGACAUGAUAUGCGGCUGCCAGAACCCGCCGCCCGAGUGCAAAGACUUCAGCCAAUGGCCGGACAAGGACGGUGACAUCACGUGCGGUGAUUGCAAGCAUCUGGUAACAAUGGACAACUACAAUUCGUGCGACUCGUACUGCGCCAGCUUCGGGCAGGUCUGCUUCUACGCCGCGCAGGACAAGGUGGGCGCGGACCCCACGGUCCAUGCGGACGGGUGCGCGAUCAAGGUGGAGGUACUUUGCAGCGACGACCAAUCUGGGUUUCCGAAUACCAAAGAUAUGAUCUGUGGAUGUGCGAACCCGCCGGCUACGACUAUUGCGUCUACGCCGGCUCCGCCUAUUACGCCUGCAACGCCUGCAACGCCUGCAACGCCUGUAACGCCUCCAGCGCCUCCAGCGUCUGGAGGGACAGUGCCUACCCUUAGCACAACGACUUGCAAAGACUUCGGCGAAUGGCCAGACAAAGAUGGCACUGGGGACUGUGGAGUUUGCCGGCACCUUGUGAAGGUUAGUCCAGAUUUGAGGACUUGCGAGGACUACUGCAAAAGCUUCGGACAAGAGUGCUUCUUCGCUGCCGAAGACAAGAAUGGUGCCAGCGGUGAUACUGGCAUGUGUAUCGUCGACAAAACGUUCAGUUGCCGGGAUGACAUGCUGGCGGUGCAAAUGAACUCACAAGAUAUGAUAUGUGGAUGCAAAGACCCUGUGGAGCCUCCGAAGCAGUGCAAAGGCUUCGACGAGUGGCCUGGCGGUGACGGCAAAGCAGUAUGCGGAGAGUGCAGGCACCAGGUAACACCUGGAGUCUCUACCAACUGUGACCAGUAUUGCCAAGGCUUCCAGCAGGAAUGCUUCUACGCGGCGGAGGCGCUCGCUGGGUCAGAGUGCGAGACUGGUCAGCACAUGCCCACCAUCAACGAGGCCAUGCUUCACUCUAAGGGGCAGCAGUCCCGCAAAGUGAUCAACAAAGUCCUGAAAUUCAACAUUGCGUACUCGGUUUGCCGACACCUCACUCGUGAAUAUUGUGGUGACCUCCUUUCACAGAUUGGCACCGAGUCUGGGCCACCCGACCCACCUCCACCAGCAGAUGUGAUAGGCAAUGCGGUCGCCAGCCCUUCUGUCGAUACACUGACUGCGCAGGUCUCCGCCCUCCAGGAGCAGCCGUACCUCUCAUGCGUGGCGUGCAUGGCGUACUGA